AUGUAACUGAUUUUGUUAUCAUCAAAUUCGAAAGUAGAAAUGAAGAGAAUUUAAUAUAAAUAUAAGAACAAUUAUGCAAAUAUACCUUAUUCAUAAUUUUAAGAAAGGUUAGCUGAAUUAAAAGAGAAAAGAAUGAUAAAAUAAUAACAGCAGUAAUUGGAGCAAAGUAACAGUUAACAGCAGUAAUUGGAGUAAAGUAACGGUUAAGAAUUAGAGAUUCCAUUUUCAAAAGAAUAAUAAUAACAACCUGAUAAAUAAAAAAAGAUAGAAUAUGUAGAAUAACACAAUGAUGAAGAUGAUUAACCAGAGUUAAAAUUAGAAAGCCAAUAAACUCUAAUCAAUAAUUAUCAAUAGAGAAGAAACAUUCAAUUUUUACGAUUUUAAGAGAUAAUGCCAGAAAUAUUUGAGAUUGAUUGA